AUGGAGCAAAAACAAGUUAUUCAAUCCUAUCGAGAAGAAGUAAAAACAUUGCGUUCGAAAUUAUCUCAACUAGAAGUUAAUUCAAUAGAAGAAGAAGCUGUUGAUGAAAUACAUAAAUGGCGACAAAGUUUUGAUACAUCUUCAUCACGUCAAAUUGAACCAGUACUUAAUGAAAUGGAGAAACGUAAACAAGCAGAAGUCAAAAAUUUAGCUAAUGAAUUACGUAUUUCUCUCCAACAAUUCAAAGAAACAAAUUUCAAACGUCUUGCUGAACUUGAUGCAUUCAUUUCAAUGAUAAGCCUCAAUGAUGAAAUUCAACUAGAUUAUGUUAAACAUGAAUUAGAUUCGAUCACCAAGAAAAUCGAUUCAUUUCAUUUCAAUAUUAUUGUACAAGUGGUUGAUAAGUCACAUCGACGACAUUUAUCAACUGCACUUACUCGAAACACGCUUGAACUGGUUAAAGUAUUAGAGUUUGAAAAUCCACGAUCGACUUCUAUUCGAUCGUCUAAUUUUUCUGACUCAUUUCGAAAUUUUAUCCGUCGUGUAUCAUCGAUUGGAGCACGUCAUUACGAUGUGGAUGUGCUUGAACCACAGAAACAUUUAUAA